AUGCGUCAAAACUUACCAACACAACCCGCUACCAGCGGAAAUGUACAAGACUUGUACUAUCCCGACAACAUGCUUGCUCGCCACCCCAGCAAGCCUCAUAUCGGCAGUCUGGAGGAGUACCAGCAAAUGCACCAGCUCUCCAUAACAGAGCCCGAUGCUUUUUGGGGAAACCUCGCCCGCGAACUUCUCACAUGGGAGCGUGAUUUCCACACCGUCAAGAGCGGAUCUCUCAUCGAGGGCAACCCUUCGUGGUUUCUCGGCGGAAAGCUAAACGCUUCUUUCAACUGCGUGGACCGUCAUGCGCUCAAGGACCCCAACAAGGUCGCCAUCAUUCACGAGACCGACGAUGGCACCAAUGGCCAGUCCAUCACUUACGGAGAGCUCCUCAAGCAGGUCAGCAAGGUUUCUUGGGCCCUCAAGGAUCUUGGCGUGAAAAAGGGUGACACCGUCGCUAUCUACAUGCCCAUGAUCCCCGAGGCUCUGGUCGCCAUUCUCGCCUGCACCCGUAUCGGUGCUGUUCACUCUGUCGUUUUUGCUGGAUUUUCAGCUGGUUCUUUGAGAGAUCGCGUUGAGAACGCUAAGAGCAAGAUUGUCAUCACCACUGAUGAGAGCCAGCGAGGUGGCAGAACAAUUGGUAUCAAGAAAAUUGUCGACGAGGCCUUGUCGACUCUCGAGGGUGUCCAAACUCUUGUUUUCAAGCGAACUGGUGCCGACGUCGCAUGGGUCGAGGGACGGGAUCACUGGUGGCACGAGCAAGUCGCCAAGUGGCCCAGCUACAUCGCCCCCGAGGCCAUGGACGCCGAGGACCCUCUGUUCCUCCUCUACACUUCUGGAUCAACCGGCAAGCCCAAGGGCGUCUUGCACACAACCGGUGGUUACCUUGUUGGGGCUGCUGCCACGGGCAAGUACGUUUUCGACAUUCACGACCAGGACCGAUACUUUUGUGCUGGCGAUGUUGGUUGGAUUACAGGCCACACCUAUGUUGUGUACGCGCCUCUCCUCCUAGGUGUUUCCACCGUUGUUUUCGAAGGAACACCAACAUUCCCUAACGCUUCUCGAUUUUGGGAUAUUAUCGCCAACCAUCGUAUCACACACUUUUAUGUUGCUCCUACUGCUCUUCGUCUGCUGAAGCGAGCUGGCUCCGACCCCGUUGACCACGACACCACCAGCCUUCGUGUUUUGGGUUCAGUUGGCGAGCCCAUUGCUCCUGAGAUUUGGAAGUGGUACUAUGAUACUAUCGGAAAGGGCAACUGUCACAUUGUUGACACUUACUGGCAGACUGAGACUGGUUCUCAUGUCGUUACUCCCCUCGCCGGUGUCACACCCACCAAGCCUGGAUCUGCAUGCUUGCCCUUCUUCGGUAUCGACACUGUUUUGAUUGACCCCGUCUCUGGUGUCGAGCUGCACGGAAACGGAGUCGAGGGUGUUCUCGCUUUCAAGUCUUCAUGGCCUAGCAUGGCUCGCACAGUCUACGGUGAUCACCAAAGAUUCGAGGAGACCUACCUCAAGGUUUACCCUGGUUACUACUUCACCGGUGAUGGAGCUGCUCGUGAUGAUGAUGGUUUCUACUGGAUCCGCGGCCGUGUCGACGACGUAAUCAAUGUCAGCGGUCACCGCCUCUCAACUGCCGAAAUCGAAGCCGCAAUGGUCGAGCACGCCGCCGUCGCCGAAUCCGCCGUCGUUGGUGUUGCCGACGAAGUCACCGGUCAAUCCGUCAUCGCCUUUGUCUGCCUCAAGGAAGCUUUCCGCUCCAAGGAGACCGAAGUGCACGCCGAGUUGAGACUGCAGGUCCGCAACAGCAUCGGACCCUUUGCUGCGCCCAAGAAGAUCUUUGUUGUGCCUGAUCUUCCCAAGACGCGAUCUGGAAAGAUCAUGCGACGUGUUUUGAGAAAGAUUGUCAUGGGUGAGCAGGAUCAGCUUGGAGAUAUUUCUACUUUGUCCGAUCCCUCUAUCGUGGAGAAGAUUAUCGAUAUUGUCCAGCGUGGUUAA